CGCGUUGCCAGGUGGAGCGAGGCGGGGCGGUAUUUUAACACGCACGCCUGAAAGAAAUUUCGUAGGAGACUGUAUGUAUGUAAGGCAGAUAUGCGUGAAGAUGCCGGCAGUUCAGCUGCGGAUAAACUGAUGUUUCGGUGAUCAGAGAGACCUGAAGUUUAAAACCGCGAUGCCGGUCGAUCGCAAACAAGCCCUUCGGCGCCUUUGCUGGGGAGUCUUUACCACUUUACUGUUUGCAGGUUCUGCAGAUUGCGACCUAAGUCUCGCAGUCCAGAGCCCCCCUAUGGUCAUUGCCAAGGCUGGUAGCAAUGUAAUUCUGAACGUGUCCUUCGCUGGAGCCCAGAAUCCCUUAAUACAGUGGUCUGCGGGCGCAUUGCCUAUCGUGACCUGGGUGGUGAGCCCCAAUACCCUAGACAUCGCCCCUAAUUACGCGGGCGUCGUGUCGCUGAUGCCCAAUGGCUCACUCGUCUUCAGCAACGUACAGAAGAAUUACAGUGACACUUACACCGUGAGCGUCACGAAGUCUGGUUUUUUAUCGAUGACCGCCAGUAUCACUCUCCUAGUCUUUGCCCCACCUGUGUGCUCGGUUCAGAGUGCAAAUACAAAUCUGAAUUACACCUGUCAGACGCCAGGAGACACCAUUUCAAUACUGUCCAUCUCACAACUGAACAAGACCUUCUCUACGAGUGGGAGCUUAAGCCUUGUAGUACCACCAGCUCAAAAUCUCAGUGGAAUGGCAAUCUCUUGCAUUGCUAAUCAGAUUAACAUCACGCAAAGCUGCAGCGUGACAGCUCAAGCCCCUCAAGGUGUUGCGCCCACGGUCUCAAGCACGUUGAGCAAUGGGAACCUGGUGGUCACCAUCACCUGUGCCAUCGGGUCUGUGCCAGCAGCCAACAUCAUCUGGUUCAAAGGUUCUCAGGUCCUGUCAAACGGAGGGCCGUAUCAGAUCAGCAGUGACACCACACAGCUGAACAUCACCAGGUUGAACCUGACUGUGUCUGACCUCAGCAACUACACCUGCAAGCUCAGCAACCCUUUUGGACCUCUACAGAACAGCAUUCAGCUGAUAGGCCCCACAAUCUCAGAUUCCAGCCUUAUCUCCAACACUGCAGGCACCAUGGUAACGCUGACCUGGGAUGUCCCCAGCACCUCUGUGUUCACAGGCUUUAAUAUCCAGAUGGAGGGACCUGCUCUCCAGCCCAGCAAUGGGACAAACCAGCGUAGAAAACGGGACACAGGAGGUUUCCAAACCAUAGCGGUGAUGCCAAGCAGCGCCCGGAGCAAACAGAUCUCUGGGCUUGACCCCAAGUCCAACUACUGGUUCUGGAUCGUCCCCUUGGCAGGCAGUGUCACCGGACCGCCUUCACAGAACUACAGUGUCGGACCAGUUCCAGGCCAGGGACUGAGCAAGGCGGCCAUCCUGGGCCUUGCUAUCGGAAUACCCUGUGGUUUCCUCCUCCUCCUCAUCAUCAUCGCUCUCAUCAUCCUCUGUGUCGUCUGCUGCAGACGGAGACGCCGACAGCAAACGUAUCCUCCCCCCGGGGCUUCUGAGAAGGUAGUGACAGGCCAAACCAAUCUGAACACCCCGCAUAAUCUGCUCACUGGAGGAAUUCAAAAUGGGUCUCCUGUCAAAAACCCCAAGGGAAUCCCCGAGCGACAAUUCCCCCACCCCUCCACAGGGACAAUUCCCCCACCCCUCCCCUCGCUUUCCCCUAUGCGGUUGGCCACAACUGUUUAAAGAAGGAACAUGUACUAUCUUGCACAGAAUUAAUGUUUUUAUAUUGACAGAGAUGUACAUCUAGUAUUAUGGUGUUGUUCUUUCUAUUGUAAUUAUUACUAUUCCUGCAUUUUAAAAAUAAACCUUAUUUAAAAGUCUUA